AUGGCCAAAAGGUUGUUGUGCUCCAAAGAGAAACUCGAGCAGUCGGCUCAGCAUGCUGACGCAACUGAGAAUCCUCCUCGGCGCCUUGGAAACCAAUGGUCGUUUCUCGGAUUCCACUUUCCCGUGGACGAAGAGCUGCUCGAGCUUGCCUGGAUCACCCUCUCACCUUUCUUGGUCAACGAACCGCCGGCCUACACGGUGCCUAUCAUCAUGACAGACUCUCAGCCCCGAGAGACUGGGGCACCUGCUUGUACGUCAGAAAAAGACAUGAGAAGGAUCGCCCGUGUUGAGAAAGCCAGUCAAGCCCAUGACAUGCCACCCUGGCGGAACCCCGUAGUACAUGGCUCGUUGAUGGGUGGUAAUGCUGGCUUUACUGACCUUGGCACCUGCUCCAUGGUUCUCUCUGACAAGUAUGAGGAUCUCGACGAGACGUGGGCGCAUGUGCGAAGGGAAGCUUUACCGAGUACUACGCCCAACACCGCAGCAACAGAUGUGCUAGUCUGGCAUGAAGUCUAA